GGCAAAUACGUGCUUCUCUCGUGCCGCCUUCUCAAUACCGUUGAGUCGCUCCAAACAAAGCAGCAGCCACCGAAAAGCGCGUCUACACGAGAAGGAAGGAAAAGACACUUUUGAAAUACCUCGUGUUCGUCUUACACCAUCUCUACAUCGCUGCCCACCCACACCCUCCCCCAUUUGGCAACAGUAAAACAGAUAAGAAAAGGAAAGGAAAGACAAUGGACAAAGUGGACAGCUCUCUCACUCCCUUGAGUCCCUUUACAUGGGACGGCCGGGAAGAAAACGGCGUGCCGUCCAACUGCUCCGCCAAUGCCGUCUUGCACGACAUUGCCCUUCUCGACUUGCGCUUCGACCUCAUCAUCGACGAGUUCGCCGUGCCGUGUCACCACACGCUGCACCUCAUCAACGACGGAUUCCCGCUGCGGCGCAAGAACCUGACUGCGCGGCAGCUGCAACUUCUUCAGUACGGCGUCGUGGUACACGGAGGGACGCGACUGGUGAUCGUGGCGGUGCCACCGUGCUGCGGUGACUCUGGCGCGUGCCUCGCCGCCUCGUACAAGCACCUGUUUAGCCGCUCGCUCGAUACGGCCAGCGCGGUGGCGCACCACCCCUUUCUGGCGGAGCACACGUUCGUGGUGUAUCGCCUGCCCGGGGAUGUAGGGAAUAAAGGGCAGGAGGAAAAUGCGCACGCGCAACCGCAGCAGCAUCCCCAGGCGCUUUUUCGACUCGUCUACCGCAACGUCAACCCCCACAGCAGUAACUCAGCCGCCACUUCCGUCGCCGCAUUUAACGUCGCGGAGGCACCCGAGUACAAGCUCGUCUCCGUCCUCGUCUCCUCCGCAACGUACUACGGUGAGCUGCAACGGGUCAGUCAGUACCGACGGGAGUGGUACACGCGCAGCACGGCAGUGCGCGCAUCGUGCGGAGAAGCCGCCGGAAUCGAUUCCGCGGUGCCGCUGCGCGAGUCAUCGACGUCCUACCCCCUCCCGGAGCCGGUUGCUGCGGAGGUGCGGAGGACAUCAUCACUGUCAGAGCUGUGCACGCUCUUUGCGCGUGUGUUGGAGCGCUUUUCUCCACUCGAAAUCGACGGCGCCGCUACCACCGAAAAUGCAGCGUGGGGCGACGAUGAAGAUGGCCAGUACGCCGACGGAAAGACACACGAUGCGGCAGCCGAAAACGCAAACGACACCGCUGCUGCAGGAGAUAAAGUGCCCCGUCGCGGAAGUGGGGAGACGAACAGCAGCGGCCCUUGGAGUUAUCAGUACACCCGUGACGGCGCGCGUCUCAUCAGCCGGCUGGACGUGGUGGAGCGCACCAAGGCGGCUCUGCAGUCGUGGCGCGACGGCGAGCUGGAUCUCACCACGGAGGCCGUUGUGUCGCGCACGCCGCCUCUGAGUGCCAAAAAGGUCGACCUCGGCGAUCACAGCACCCAUCCACCGCUCUCCCUGCAGGCUCGGCGCGUACCGUGUGCGCGACUUCUGUUUCAGCCGUCCCGUCGCAACGUCGCAACGCACAUUUCGGAGAACGAAAUUGUGUCCUUCCUGCCGAACGAUGCGCCGACAUCAUCCUCCAACGAGAACGCGACGGACUCGUUCUACGCCGUCGUGUACGCGAGUCCCGCCGCGGAGAGACUACGGCGGUGGAUUUUGCAGGGCCUUGUCGCUGCGGAGGUGCACGGCGUCCACGUCGUGUUUCUUGAUCUUGACCCCGUGAACAUGUUGCAGCCCUGCGUCGAGCUUCUCGCCCAAGCAGACGUGUCCAACACCGGCGGUGAAGACGACAGCAUCGAGGCAGAGGCGAGCACCGCAGAGAUGCGCUUUAAACGGGCGUUGCUGCUCGUCUGCCAGGUCGCGAUGGAGACCGUUGAGCGGUUUAUGCGACACAGCGGUCUCGUGUGGAAGGUGACGGUGGCGGUGCGCGAAGUAGCAGCAGCAGCAGACAGCGCCGCCACGACAACACCGCCCACGCUCGACGCGGUGUCCUUCACUGCGUGGUGCACAGACAUGCUGGAACUCAUCCGCGACGCCGAGACACGGCGCGAGAACUCAGCGCAGUGCAACACGUUGAGCUUCACCGAAGACGGCGGCAGGGCCGCCAAGGCUGCUGCGCUGAUCGCCGUGCAAAAUCAAAACGCACUUGUCUCUGACGGCGGGCUUCCGCAGCAGGACCACCUGAGCGCGUCGCAGCAACUGGCGCUUCGCACACAGGAAGUCGUGCAGCGCGCACUCACGCUCUACACGCACGACGCAACAGGUCCCGCAGCUCCUCUUCCGCAGCAUAUCGUGACGAAGGCGAAGGAAGUCGGCGUAAAGGUGAGCGAUAAUGACUUGUAUUUGCUCUUUCAAACUUUUUGUGCUGUUGCAAAGCGUCGGGACGGACUGCUACCUGCUUCUGCUUUGGUGGAUGUAUUGUCUGAGGAGUGGUCAGCGGAGGUGACCAAACGACGUCGCUACGCGGCUCCGUCGAAGCGGCUUGUGUGUCCGUUGGACUGCUGCGGCGUGCCCAUCUCCCGCGCACGUGUCCAGCGCUUUCUUCAGCCCUUCUUGGAUGUGAUGCGCGACGCUCCACUAGGGCAGAGCAAUCGCACAGUGGGAGGCGUUCGGACGACAUCCCCUCAACUGCUCAACUACGCGCAGUUUUCCAUGGUGAUGUUUGCCAUUGCGAAGAUGUAA